AUGGGCGUCAUACGCAAGAAGACUGUCACGAGAGGGGGUGAAGGAGGAGUCAAAUACGUUUGCGACGUGUGCUCUUCCGAUAUUACAUCUACUGUCCGCAUUCGAUGUGCCGAUCCUGCCUGUAGCGAAUUCGAUCUUUGCGUCUCAUGCUUCUCUAAAGGCGAAGCUCGUAAUGCGCACAACCCGGCGACCCAUGCAUUCCGCGUCAUCGAACAGAACUCCUUCCCCAUAUUUGACCAGGAUUGGGGGGCUGAUGAAGAACUACUCCUUCUCGAGGGUGCCGAAAUUUACGGCCUGGGUUCCUGGGCAGAUAUCGCAGAUCAUAUAGGAGGAUUCCGUGAAAAAGAUGAGGUCCGCGAACACUACCUCAAGACAUUCGUCGACUCCCCUGCCUUUCCCCUCCCAAAGCGCUGCAGCCCCCACGACUGCGAGCUGGCCAAUGAGAUUCCCCGAGAAGAAUUCCAAUCACGAAAGAAGAGGCGAAUAGAAGAAAGGAGGGAAGCCGCCAAGAAUGCGCCCGCACUACAACCCAAGACGAAACCGACGGCUAGUGUACCAAGUUGUCACGAAAUUCAAGGCUACAUGCCUGGUCGUCUCGAGUUCGAGACGGAAUAUGCCAAUGAGGCCGAAGAGGCUGUACAGCUGAUGCAGUUCGACCCCGGCGAUGGCUUAAAUCCACGAACUGGCGAGCUCGAGCCGGAAAUGGAGCUGAAGCUGACCGUCAUGGACAUUUACAAUUGCCGAUUGACGCAGCGUGUGGAGCGCAAGAAGGUCAUCUUCGAGCAUGUCCUCUUAGAUUAUCGGGAGAAUACCAAAAUUGAGAAGAAGCGAACCAAGGAAGAGAAGGACUUGCUUCAAAAGGCCAAACCCUUCGCCCGAAUGAUGAACCACGACGAUUUUGAGAACCUCAACCAAGGUCUCCUGGAUGAGCUCAACUUGCGGCAAGCCAUUGUGCAACUCCAAGAGUGGCGAGCCAAUCGUAUCGGAGAUCUCAAGAGCGGCGAGAAAUACGAACUGGACAAGACAAAUCGUGUCCAGAAGUCGAUACCCAUGGGCUCCAUGGACCGUGAGCGCCUGGCCUCGGCUCAACGAUCGAAGCAGCCAAUCGCCCCAGAACCACCGAGCGGAGCUGCGCUGCUCGUAGCCCCCGAACUUCCCAUCCGACCAGCGACGGCAACGACGACGCCGACGGCGAUAACGACAAACGGCGAAGUCAAUGGCGAUACCAAACCCUUGACUAAUGGGCAUACCAAUGGCGUCAAUGGUGUGAAUGGUGUCAACGGCGUGAAUGGGCAUGUGCCACCCAAACAGAAAUUCGCCCCUCAGCCUAUUUCUGGCGUGCAACCCAUGCCACUAAGUGAGGAUAGUGCACCAGACCUCCACCUCCUCACUCCCGAGGAGGCUAAGCUGUGCGAGGUGAUCCGGCUGCAGCCAAAGCCAUACCUGAUGAUCAAGGAGCAGAUCCUCAAAGAAGCUCUCAAGACUAAUGGUACCUUGAAAAAGAAGCAGGCCAAGGAGAUUUGUCGGCUAGAUUCCCAGAAAGGCGGAAGAAUAUUUGACUUCUUUAUCAACUCUGGGUGGGUGGGCAAGGCGUGA